GCUCGCGCACCGGGCCAGUAAAGCCCCGUUCUCGAGUAUUGAUGAAGAUCGGAAUCGAGGCUGACUAGGUUGUUUCGUCCAAGUGAAGAUCUCGGACUUGAUCCUAGGCGAACGCAUGCCGUUCCCCGAGAAGUGGAAUAUACCAUCUGUCGCUCAGGUCCCGAAUGCAGUCCCUCGACUCAAGGAGUGGGUCGAGGGCAUCGUGUUACAAAGUCCAUAUUCCGAGCGAUCAUGGCGCGAACUUUCAAAGGGUCGGUGGGAGGCCCAUUCUCAUGGUUUAUCCAAGGACGUGACACUGAGGCCUCCAUCCGGUGGCGAGAAAUUCUCCGCCGAGUCCCCUGCUUCGAGUUCUCCAUGCUCGGAGAAGAAGAAACCAAGGAGAAGGUUGGUGCGCAAAUCCAAAGAAAGCAUAAGAGCUCGAGCACCAUCUUCGGAUGCACUCUAUCGGUUGAGGGACGAAUCCGAAGAAGAAGGAGAAGCCUUCGAUCUGAUGGCUCGCGUGUCAUUGCAACUCGAAGGGCAAAGGGCCUCCGAACUGAAGAGAGGCGAGGCCGGAUUGCCUCAAGUUAGGGAGGCUGACAAGGAGACUGUGGCCGAAGCUUCCCGAGAUAUGGGCAAUACCCCAAAGAAAGCACAUGGUGUCAUAGACAUCACCGAGUCGCCCUCGUUCACCGAGUCCAUGUAUAAUGGGGCUCUGACGGUGAUGGAACGUCUCAAUAAGGAGGCCCACGGAGCGGACGACCCCUUCUGCGGAUUUUUUGUUGGCGUGGAUUCUACCGCCACGGAGGACGUCACCGGAUUGGGUGACUUGGAGGUGCAGAAGAAAAAUCCAUCUUCAGGAACAAGCAGGCCUUCCUCAAGCCCGAAACUAAUCAAUCGGUUCCCAGCUCCGAGUGUGGAUCCUGACCGGGUCCUCUCUACCCCCGUAGGGAUGGCCAGUUACCUUCGGUGUCUAGUGACCGAGAAAGACCAAGACAAGAUGAACGAGCUGGACACGCCUUGCCUGUUCAACGACGCACAACAGGUGCUAAACCGGGCCUCGGUGCUUCAUCAUGAGACUUUUCUCCGAUAUCGGGAUGAGCUAAACCAGCUUGAGGCCGAGGUUCGAGGGCUCACUGAGAAGAGAAAUACUUACAAACUUCUCAGCGAGCAGCGUGAAGGGGAGGCUAAGAGCCUCUGAGCUGAGCUGGAGGUGUCUCGGAAAGAGCAUACUGACCUGGCCGAGAAGAUAAAAAGCAUUUGAGGUUAGUGAUGAUGAGCUAGACUCAGUGACUAAUGGUCGGAAUCCGUAGGUCCAACAGAAGAUCAAUCGGAUCGACCAGCUCCGAGCUGAGAUGGAUGCAGUUAAGGCCGAGACUGAAGAAUGGAGAGGCAGAAUGGAUCGCCUAGCCUCGAAAAAGGAGACGACUUGGGAACAACUGACUUCGGCUGAGGUCCAGCUUCGAGAAGCAAAGGAAAAGGCCGAGGUGCAGGCCAAAAAGUUUAAGGAGCUCCAGUCUUAGCUAAGUACAGCCGUCUCUGAUCGAGAAAAUCUUGCCAAGGAUCUUGAAAUGACCAAGUCGAUGAUCUUGGUGGUUAAAGCCGAUGCCGACGAGAUGGUGUCCCAAUAUAAGGCCGAUGCCCAGGAGGUCCAGGAUCGAAUGAAGGAUAUCGUCGAGCAAGCAAAGCGGCAAUCCCGAAGGGAGGCCCUCGAGGAGAUUCAUGCUCGGGGUUUUGACUUGUCGGCCGAAAUCGAGAGUGCUAAGGGGCUCGAAGUCGAGGCCAAGAAGCUGGCUUAUCCCGAGGAUGAAUAAGGCUCUGAGGGUUCAAGCGGAUCCGAGGGUGGAGGAGACUCCGAUGACCCUGGCGACGAGGCGGGCUCCGGUGAAGACCAGGCCAUUUAUGUGCCUUGUACAUUUUUCUUUGUUUUUUGUAUUUUUGUACUUUUGUACUUUUUUGUCAAGGCCGUUUGGCCCUUGUAAAGACUAUAUGUAUAUAUAAUACAAGGCUUUAUUUUACC